AUGGAUAAAGGCUCAUUACAAAAACAAAUUGAAUCGUUACGAUAUCAAUUACGAGUGGAAAAAGUACCUCUAUCAAAAACACUUCAAGAAUUGAAACGGUAUAUACAAGAAAACGAACAAGCUGAUCCGCUUAUUCAUCCACCGGAUAAAAAAAAUAAUCCAUGGGCAGAAAAAAGCAAAUGUUUUACCAUUAAAAAUUUAGAAAAAACACGUUCAGCAUCAGCUAAAAAAUCUUGUACAAUCUAUUUAAAUGGAAAAGAUUGGUGUACGCAUGAUGGUGUUUGGUAUGGAUGUUCGGAAGGUUAUGAUGAAAAGAGUUUAAUCAAAGCUAUUUGUUCAAGAUAUAAUUGA